AUGGCGAACCCAGCUCCAGCACAGCAGAAUAUCGCAGCAGUGGCGGUUAAGUUGCCAGAGUUCUGGAAGAACGAUCCGCACAUGUGGUUCGCGCAGGCGGAGGCCCAGUUCUGUCUGGCACAAGUGACGAGAGAUGAGACAAAAUUUUGGCACAUCGUCGCCAAAAUCGACCAGUCCGUGAUAUGUCACGUAUCGGACUUGGUUUCCAACCCUCCGGCCGAGAAUAAAUAUGGAGCAGUAAAAGAACGAUUGAUCGCCCGUUUCGCUCUUUCGCCACAGGCGCGACUCGAACAAUUGCUUGGCUCCUGCGACUUGGGUGACCUUCGACCCACGCAUCUACUAGCCAAGAUGCAGGAGAGCUCCACGGGAUUGAAUGUCGACGAUGCAUUGAUGAAGAUGCUGUUCCUUCAAAGGUUGCCGCCAAGUGUCCGAGCAGUUCUGAGCAUAAGUGAUGGAAGUUUGCAGAAAUUGGCUGAGAUGGCUGACAAAAUGAUCGAUUCAUCUCCGGCCACCGCCGCAGCUGUUCAUGUUCCGGCUUCAUCCACUGGACAAAAUGCUGAUUACGCCAGUUUGAAGGAGGAAAUAGAAGUUCUGACAGCUGAGAUUCGACGCUUGAAAACUGAGCCAACACGAAAUCGUAGCAGAUCUUCAUCGAAACCGAGAUCCCGUGGUGACGACAUUUGCUGGUACCAUCGGAAGUACGGAAAUCGAGCGGAUCGUUGCAGAGAGCCAUGCGCAUUCGGCCAGCAAAAAAACUAG